AUGGAGAAGAAAGAGGAGAAGAGGCCUCGCUUCAAACCAAUUGAUGGCGAGCCCGUCUCUGCUCUCAAGGUUAACGAGUUCUAAAAAAAUAUUCGAACAUAAUUUCGUUCUCAUUACGUGGAAGAGACUGGCUUGCCUUCCCUCACCGAUGCUCUAAAAGGCCACGGAAAAGGGAAGAGAGGACAGUCAAGCCAUAACGUUCCAGUUCAUCACUGAUUCAGAAGACAGAAGCCUUUUUGGAAGAUCGAGGAGUUUUUUCCAGAUGGAAACAGAGUUGAUCUUCCGGUACCGGACCCUGGAGCCUUGCUCUAUGGAGCUCAAACUGACAAAUCCAACAAAAGAUAGAUUCGCUUUUAAGGUGUGGCGCGAGUCCUGAACACACAUCAAAAAGGUUUAAUUCAGAUUAAAACUACGGACAAUGCUCUGUUCAAAGUGCAGCCGUCGAUAGGCUUCCUCCCGGUGCGAUUUUCCUUGUCUUUGAGGACAUUUCACCUUGUGUUGAGAAAUUCUGAAAAAUGGCUCAGAAAAGUUUUUUUUUAAAAGGCUAUCCUGGAUUUUUCAACGAUCCUAGCGUUUCAGUUUGUGUUUAGCCGGUAAACGGUUUCCAGUUAUCAGAAAGAAAAUUUCUCGAAAACUAGGAAGCUUCCCGGAUAUUUAUCAAAGCACAAAAAGUGUCGAAUCCGAUUAUCAGGCUAUUCUCACCGGGAAAGUGUUUGGAGUUUAUAGCAAGUCUGGUCCCCGACUUUUGGGGUGGAUAUAGUCCUAAGGAAGGCUACUUGAAAAAAAAUAUCUUCUGAACGCCGUGGGAAAGGCCUGUCGAAAUGGUAGAAAAAAUUACUUUUCUCCGAUUUUGUGAUAUUUUACUGUUUAAUAGGCUAGAUCAUUCGGAACAGUGUUUUUCAUAACUGCUUAUCCGAAAUGAAGCACCUAUUAAGCUUUUCAAAGCAUCCUUAGACAUGCAUCUUCCCAGUAUCCAUGCUUCUUAGCUCCUUUUAUUUUUCUUAGUGAUCUUCCCUAAAAAAACUUUGUACCAAAUCUGUCAUUAACUCCUCACAUUCUGCCCUCUUCAGGCACAAAGCAAAAUGAUUUUCUUUUCAAGGGAUUUUUGCGACGCGAUAGAUUUGCAGCCAAACGGUCAGAUGUGCAUCAAAGUGUCGCUGACGGUGAAGACUCUUGUGCAGCCCAGCAAGCACUACGUCGCCGUCUUCAACGUCAAAGUCGACGAGAAGUGCACUGAUGCCAAGGCGGUACUCAAUCGAUUCAAAUCCUCGUCCUGAGUUCCUUUGAAGGCUUUCGAAGGCGGUAAACUUGACGGCGUACAGCGUGUGGUGGCGACAUGCGAACGUGAGAUCGUCGACGAGACUGCCGACGCCGGCGCGUCAAUCGAAGCCAAAAAAUGA